AUGGCAUUUACAAAGUCAGGCUUGAGUCCAGACAGGGAUUGGGACGAAGUUGAUCGUUCUUUCAUUCCUGCACUGACAAAAUCAGGCUUAAGUCCAGAUAGGGACUGGCACGAGUGGGUUGAAGUUGAGCGUCCUUUCAUUACUGACGACUACGUCCACGUGAACAAGUCGGAUCUUGAAAGUUGUUCUCUCCCUCCCGUUGAGGAUGGGGAAGAGGAUGAGGAAGGGAGUGAGAACAACGCCGACGUAGUUUUGCAGCUAACGCGGUCCCAGGAAGAGUACAUGGAUCGUCUACUUAUGCCUAAAAUCGAGCAAAUGGAGAAGGAGCUGCGAGAGCAGAACGACUGCAAUUACUCGGCCGCAAUGGAGAAGCUAUUCGGUAGCGACGCCAAGGAAUAUCAGCUCAUGUUCAAUGCUGCGAUUCCCGAGUUGCGGUUCCAGCCGAGGCAUUCUCGAGAUUCGUAUUCUCCGCGGCCGGGAGUCUUGUAUACGCCGUUGACUACUGCGGACAAGUGUAAGGACGCGGCCGACUUGCUCUUAGGGGGGAGGCGGACUCGGGGUGCUCAUGGGCACAACGCCGAGGCACUCUCGCGGGAUCAUCCCCCUAGUUCCGAGCCCGGAAAAUUGCCGGAGCAGGAGCAGGAGGACGUGCCGUCGUUCACUCACAGCCCGGAUGACGUUGAUUAA